CUGCAUACCAUAUGACUUAAAUUCAAGACUCCUUACUUCUACUUUCAUUGGAAUUAGAUUACCAUUGAGUUACUUUAAUCAUUGGCUUGAUAGUUCAUCUUUUUGUUGUUGCACUGCAAAAUUUCCCCUCGAGUAGUUUUUUUAGAAUAAUGACUGCGUUAUUGUGGUAUUGUGUGUUGACAAAAUCUCCUCAUUAAUGGGGUUACUUGGUGGCAUUGAAGGUUUAUGACAAUUGUGAUGUGUCACUAUUUGUUUGUUGAUCUCUAACUCCCAAUCACUAAUUCCUUCCUUUUCCAUGUUGUUUCAGGUUAAUGCCCCUAUUCCUCUCCCAAGUCCCAAAAGGAAUUGCAAUAAACAAGCUAAUCACUUGGUACGGAACCCUCACAAACUGAAAAGGAAUUGCAAUAAACAAGCUAAUCACUUGGUACGGAACCCUCACAAACUGAAGUAUUGGAGUCUGACAUCAACCAACACCUGGAUGAGUUGGAGGAGAUGAGGGCUACCCACAAAGAAUUGAAAAUGGAGAAAGCUAGGCUCAUUUCUAAGCUAACUGCUCUUGAUGAGACUUUGAAGACACUAAAAGAAAAAAAUGAUAAGACUGAUAACAAAAUUCCUUCAGCAUGUCGCAUUGAAGAACUUGCAACAAACAAGCUUGUUACUCCAGUUAUAGAACUUCCCAAACUGGAAUACCAUAUGAUAAUGAUGUCCUGGAACAUUAAUGCAAGGGCAUCACUGAGGGAGCCGUAAAGUUGAGUAAGAGGGAAAACAAGCUAAUUGAGGUGCCAAAGGGAAAGCUUUCAACAGCAGUUGACAGCACAUCCACAUGUUGCCCAACAAGCAGCACUUUUUCUAGUGACUUCAUCUCCACUAUUUGCCAGUUAAUCCCGCAAUUUGCCACAGCACUGGUCACUCAGAAUCUUCUGCUUUCCACUGCUGGGGAUGCUGAAUUGAGAGGGGCCACACAUGACGAGCAAGCCUCAACUUUGGCCUUGGGUAUGAAGCGCACAACUUAUGUUCAGAAGCUUGAGAAGCGUAUGGAGGAUAGUGUUUCCCUUGCCUAGCACUCUGCACUAGAGAUAGCGACAGCAUGAAGAAAAUCUAGAGCUGCGAAUGCCGAAGAGGAGGACAGUGCCAACCAAGUCAUAGAAACUGCGGACGGUGAUAACUAGGGAGCGGGCGUGAGUGGUCUUGCACAGGAACCUAUCCAUGGCGGCACAAUCGCAGCGGUUGUGGAAGAUCACUAAAUUUCUGCUUUUAGUUGAGAAUUAAUUCUGUGGAUUAACCUUCUCAAGCUUCCGAACAUCAGUUGUGCCCGCCCUUUAUACCCAAGGCUGAGGUUAAGGCUUGCUCAUCGUGUGUGGCCUCCCUCGAUUCAGCAUCCCAGCAAUGGAAAGCCGAUGAUUAUGAGUGAACAUUAUACAGCAUUAAUUUGCAUUAUUCAUCAUGUUAAGUGAACAGUGUUUUAUGGAUUUUAUUUUUCUGUCAACUCCUUUCUUGUGUUUUGUGCAUACUCUGAUAUCAAUUGUGCUAGUGAUUUUUUUCAUCGCAGAUUUAUUAUUGGUUACUUUCUUAUUCUUGAUCCUACCUUCUUUAAACUUUCCAAGAUUGCCUUAUUUGUGGCCUUUACUUGCCCAUUAGACUUUAGAUAAGCUACGAAAGCAAACCUUUUCUUAAUUUGUUCCAAACUCAAACCUUCUGUCUCUAAUGGUGCUCUAAUCAAAAACUUCCUCUCUAUUUUUUUUUGUCUAGUAGAAAUCUUCAAAGGCUUCACUUGCAAAUUGCGUUCCAUUAUCUGUAACUAGAAUUCUUGGUAUACCAAAUUGGCACAAAAUGUGUUUUUUUAAUGAACUCUUCUACCUUUU